GCAAUGUCGCAGAUCGUUUACCAGUCUGACUUUGGUUGGGUUUUGCGGCCUCACCUUUACACUCUCGGCGACGCCUGGCAUUGGCCAGCAUCCGCCUUCGACGUUCUAGCCCCAUAUACUGCACGAACAAAGCAACAUGUAUCAAAGGCGUUACCGGUGGAGCAGGGAGAUGCGGGAGUCGACGCACCAAAUGUUCGCAAACGCAAACGCUCCAAGCAAGUCAAAUCGGACCAUGUAAAUAAGCAAAAUGGAAUAAAUGAGCUGCACAGCUCUAUUUGCCACUGGCUUUCGGAAGCGCAUGCAAGUCUGGUCCUUCAUUCGGGAACGUUUCCAUUGCCGACGACCGCUGCGGUCGCCGAUACCAGUAGCGGGGCUUCUAUAGAUGACUUGGAUUUUAUCAAGUUUAGAGAAUUAGCGGAUAUUGCGGAUUCCUCCAAACACGCUCUAGAAUCGGAGGAGACGGAUCAAGCGUGUGGUAUUGUGCCAGUGGAUGAUGUUUCUAGAGAAUUGGAUAUCAGCAGCUUAUACCAUCAAUUCAUCUCCAAUGAUUCGGAUGAGUGCAAAACCCUGCCAGUAUUGGGGCAUUCCUUCAUUGUACCACCUCACUCCGUCUUCCUUAUGUCGGACUUGUCUCAAGCCCAAUUGCUCAGAUCACUAAAUCCUUUCGAUUUCAUACUGAUGGAUCCACCCUGGCCAAAUAAAAGUGUUCGAAGGGCUGGGAAAUACCAAGAAAUUGAUAUCUAUGACUUGUUCCGACUGCCCUUGAAACAUCUGAUCAAACCCGGAGGUUGUCUGGCUGUGUGGGUAACAAACAAACCGAAAUACCAGCGCUUUGUUCGCGACAAGCUCUUCAGUGCAUGCGGCUUAGCUUACGUCGCAGAAUGGUAUUGGCUUAAAGUUACCUUGAAGGGAGAGUGGGUUGUAGACCUGGACAGCCUUCACAGAAAGCCAUACGAAGUGUUAAUUAUAGGAAGAGCGCAGCACGCUAGCAAUAGUCACCCAGACCCCGUAGCCUCCUUACCAACAAGGAGAGCCAUAUGCAGCGUACCCAGUAAACAUCAUUCUCGAAAACCGCUCUUAGAUGAUGCUAUCGCCCCGUUCUUGCCAAGAGACGCACAAAAACUCGAGAUCUUUGCAAGAAAUCUACUUCCAGGAUGGACGUCAUGGGGAAACGAAGUCCUGCGGUUCAAUGAUGUGCAAUACCUCACUCAGACAACCGAAGGGUAUCUCGCACCGCCGCCAACAGAGUUGGGAUAGUGGCAGUUAUUCUCCAUUUCGUACGUGCAGUCUCUGCUAUUUGUCUCUACAUGCACGUCGGGGCUUUUCUUUGAAAGAGGAGAAUCCGAAUGGGAAACCGCGCAAUCGCCGACGUCGUGAUCAUGACGACUCCGCUCUGCGCCGAAAAGUCAGGGACACCCUGCGACCGCGCUCAAUCGGUUCGCCGCAGUAAUGAUCUACUUGAUUUUUUGAUAUACUGUGCGUGAAAUUGUACCUUGAAUCCCCGGUGAGAACCAACAACGACCGGGGCCCUAAAAUCAUGCAUACCAGAUGAGAUUCCUAAUGUGCAACCCAAUAUGAACGACGAUCGUGAUCUUGCAAUACUCACGCAGCAAAAUGUCUACACUUUCUCCAGAAUCCCUCUUGCUAAAUGUCAUUACGCAAGGAGUGAGCAGUGAUAGCGAGGUUACUGUAGAC